AUUUGAGAGAGGUGAAGGUUGUCAGUCACUCUUGACAUUUCCAUUCACUUUUCGCAGAGGAUGUCAAUACAAAUUGAGGCCUAGAUGGCGGGGUCAUUUCGGAAAGUGAGCGGCAUCCUGCCCAAGCUGGGUUACACCAGUGUUGCGCUAGGGGGAGGAGCCUUGUUAUGGACCUACAUGAAACCAGAGGAACAGCGGCAUGUAACUGCAGCCAGUGAGGUAGAGCAGAAGUAUGCAUGGGCUCCGUUACCAACAAGAGAACAGCAACUCAAGUCCCUAGCAACAGAAGAAUUUGAUGUGCUGGUUGUCGGGGGAGGGGCCACAGGGACUGGGGUGGCAUUUGACGCCGUCAGCAGAGGCCUGAAGACAGCGAUGGUUGAGAUGUAUGACUUUGGCUCUGGGACGUCCAGCAGAAGCACAAAACUGAUUCACGGUGGUGUCCGCUAUCUGCAGAAGGCUGUGUUUAACCUAGAUAUCGAACAGUACCGUAUGGUGAAGGAGGCAUUGGAUGAGCGAGCCAACCUGAUAGAGAUUGCUCCCCACCUGGCCUACCCAUUCCCCAUCAUGCUGCCAGUGUAUAAAUACUGGCAGGUUCCCUAUUACUGGGCUGGGAUCAAGAUGUAUGACUUUGUAGCCGGAAAACAGCGCUUAAAACCCAGCUACUUCCUGUCCAAGAAGAAAGCCAUGGAGUUAUUCCCCAUGCUGAAAAGGGACAAACUGGUCGGGGCGUUAGUGUAUUAUGAUGGUCAACAUGAUGACGCAAGAAUGUGUCUCUCUAUCGCCAUAUCAACAGCGCGGUUCGGGGGCACAAUAGCGAACUACACAGAGUUAGUUGAACUGUACAGAAGUAAGGACGCGGACGGGAACGACGUUGUUACUGGUGCAAGACUCAAGGACAGGCUCACAGAAAAAGAGUUUGACGUGAAGGCAAAGUGUGUUGUCAAUGCCACUGGGCCUUACACAGACUCAAUACGGACCAUGGGGAGCCCCCAGACUCCCAAAAUCUGUCAGCCCAGCUCCGGUGUUCAUGUAGUGCUACCCAACUAUUACAGCCCCCAGAACAUGGGACUACUGGACCCCUCCACCAGUGAUGGAAGAAUUAUCUUCUUCUUGCCGUGGCAGAACAUCACACUGGCAGGCACCACAGACAAUGCGUGCGACCUGACGUUCCAGCCAGCCCCGACCGAGAAGGAGAUCCAGUUUAUCCUGAAGGAGGUCAGAAACUACCUGCACCCGGACGUAGAAGUUCGGCGAGGGGAUGUUUUAUCAGCCUGGUGUGGUAUUCGUCCUCUGGUAUGCGACCCAAACAAGAAGGACACUCAGUCAAUAGCCAGGAACCAUAUUAUUGAAGUGUCAGAGGAUAAACUUAUCACUGUUGCAGGAGGGAAAUGGACAACUUACCGACAUAUGGCUGAGGAGACAGUUGACCGGGCGAUAAAGGAAUGUGGACUCAAACCUGCCUCGGGCUGCCGAACCAAGGGCUUGAUGUUAGAUGGAGCCCAUGGGUGGUCACCCACAAUGUUCAUUAGACUGGUGCAGGAUUUUGGUAUUGAAAUGGAGGUUGCCAAACAUCUAGCUAACACGUAUGGAGACAAAGCGUUCAAGGUUGCAAAGAUGGCAACAUUGACUGGAAAGCGUUGGCCUGUGGUUGGCCGAAGACUGCAUGAGGAAUUCCCCUAUCUGGAGGCGGAGGUCAGAUAUGCCAUACGUGAGUACGCAUGCACUGCCAUCGACAUUAUCGGGCGUCGUACCAGACUUGCCUUCUGUAAUGUUCAUGCCGCGGAAGAGGCCCUUCCUAGGGUCAUAGAAAUCAUGGCCGAAGAGUUGAAGUGGAAUAAACAGAAACAAAAGGAGCAAAUGGAGCGGGCAAAACGCUUUCUACGGAAGGAGAUGGGCCUUGAUUUGGGCCGCGUUAACCAGGACGAGCCCGUCAAUCUCACAAAGGUCGAGAUCAACGACUACAUCAAGAGGUUCCGCUCCUUGGAUAAGGACAACAAAGGAUAUAUCACUGUGAACGACCUCAGACGAUACUUUAAGAGCAUCGGUGAGCGUGUAUCAGACGACCAGCUGCACGAGAUGCUCAGUGAGGUCGACCUAAACAAGAAUGCUCAAGUGGAUAUGGGAGAAUUCCUACAGUUAAUGUCAAAUAUAAAAGCCCAGAAAGCGCCAUUAAGGAGAAGAAAUAUUGAUGAUGACUCCUGACAACUAUGACAUCUGAUGAAUUACAUAAAGAAAGGCAGUGUUACAAACUCCAGAUUUGCAAAAGCUGCAGAACUAGCUGAAGAUGUAGAAAAGAUCUCAGUGGAGCGAAGCGGGGGUGGUGUCUGAAGAGCCUGGCUGUUCUGUAAUACUCCCACUUUCUCAAAUUGACUUUUCUUUCAAGCUCUCUGAAACAAAAACGUUCACUGUUAACUUUAAGUAAACUUAAAGCUACAAUAAUGAUUGGAAUCAGAAAAUGGUGGAAACAUUAGUGUUGGCUGUAACGUAAAGCAUGAACAAAUAUUUUCCGUGAUUUUUUUUUUCACAACAAAUAAAAUAAUGAUAAAGAUUUUUGAAAAAAAAACAUUACUUAAAUUUGUGAACAAAUGAUUGGAUCUGCCCGUGAGAAAGAAAUUUUCAUUAUCUUUUGUCUUUCUCAAUAAAAAGAUUAUAGUUAUUGACUUAGCUGUGGUGUCGGCAGCAUUUGUGUUUCGAAAAAUUUAACCUUGACUGUAAUUUAAAAACCGUUGAAGGUAUUCAAAUGAAACUUGGUACUCAUGUUGCCAGACACAAUACUCACACGUUAAGCAAGGCACAUGACACAAGUCAAGUCAAGCCCUUAUUUUUAAACAAAAACAACCAACUGAGUGGUGUUUGCCAUGAGGCACUCUUGUUUUUAGUUAUGUUUCAUCAUUAUGUCUUACAUUGUAUGUAUUUGUUGAGUGUUAAAAUACUGUUUCUGUUUUUAUCGUGUUAUUGUUAAAGGAUGGAGGUCUGUUUUUAAAUGGUUUUUAACCUUAUUUUUUUAAGAAUUCAUAAAGUACAUGAUUCAGCGAUUUCAUAUUAACAAAUGAUAAUUUGCAGCUACAAGCGAAGUAUAAUUUCCUGAUGUCAGGAGUUGAGCAAUUUUUCUGUUACUUUCAUUCUCAAACUUUUGAUAAAAUGUCAAUUUAACAGGUGUAAAUUGAAAAAGCAUGUGAUAUAAAUAACAUUCUGAAGACCUUUUGGUGACAUCAUUCUGAAGAUUUUCAAACCACCACAGUGACUGCAACAGCGCUUUUUUAGAUAUGAUCAGAAAGCAUUUUUUUUUAAAGCAGUGAAUAUACCAUGAUUUUUCACUAAAAAGCAUAGAAAAUAUUACUUACUAGCCUAUAGUGUAACAGAGAUUUUGCAAUAAAUUCUUAACAUUUAAUAUAUUCUCAAAUGUUUAAAAUUUGUUAUCAUGCACAUUAUAUGUUCUCACGAAAAAUAUUUCUAGAUUUGUCGAUGAUGUUAUUUGCCAUAUCUUCACAUGUAGCCCUUUCUGUCUCUUACAAUAUCUCAUCUAUGGUCUGGGUUUGUUCAGCUCAGAUAUUGACAAUUUAUGUUUUCUUUUAAAUUUCUCCACUCACAAUCGAAUACAAUAAUUUGUUUUUAUUUAUUUACAUAUUUUUAUAAGUGCUGUAUAGAAAUUGUUACUAAGGCUAUAAUUAAUAAAUAGUUGUUAGGCAUAAGCCGAACAACCCACAAAUUCUCCUUGUUUACUCUCUCCGGACAUUUAUUUUAUUCUAUUUUAUUUCAGUUUAUCAUUUAAGGGGUUAGGAAUUAAAAAAAACCACCAGCCCCUCCAAGUGUUGAUAAAUUGAGGUCAAACAAGGUAUUUUUUAAUUGUGGCCUAACGUGACUUGUUAAUGAUUCUAACGUGGCAUUCUAAAUGUUACUAUGUUACAUUGUAAGUGCUUCAUUUACUAGUAACUACAGUGCUAAAAAUUUGUUCAGAUCAAAUUCCAUUCUAAUUUAUUUCUUCAUAGUUGAUGAUGUUGCCAUAUGUUUGUGUGUGUAAGUUACUGUUCUUUUUACUUGUUGUAAAUAUGAUAAAUCGAUGAAAUUUACAUAAGUGUCAUACAAAUGGACUUUAUAAAACAGAUGUAUUAAUCUUUGACUUGAAUGGCCACCAAUGUGAUAUUAUAUUUAUAUAAUAAAUACUAAUGUUAUGAUUUACAGCGCUUCAGACAUCAAACAUUGCUAUAUAUUUCCCACAUUUAUAACAAUAUUUCUCCACACCAUGUCAUGUCAAAGACUACCAGUACUAGUUUUGUUAUUUCUCAGAAAUAUGUAAUGACAUUAUUCAUGCUGGCAAUGUCAUUUAUGAUGUUAUACAUAUUAUUAAUUAAAGAAAAGUCUUAAAACUUUGCUGUGAGGGUAAACAGUGGUUGUACUUGCGAUGUAUGAUACUGUAACUAGAAAUUAGUCAUCCUAUUGAAACAGAAUUGCAUUGAACUUGCAGUAGAAUAUUUGUUUACAUCUUUUGUAGUAUAAACAUGAUACAUUAAUUCACAUAUGUAUAAAUUAUAAUAUAGCGUCCAUUUUCCAUUUUCCAAUAGCAUGAUAUUAAUCAUUUUAAUGUUUAUUUCAUUUAAACAAUUGGAUGGCUUCUUUCAUUAAUGAGAAAGUUGAACCAUUCUAAGAUAUAAUCCUUUGCACCUUUAUGCUGAAUAAUAGCAGUUUGUUUGUAAAUUAUUUUUUUUAAAUGUCUGAUACAUUCGACACAAUUGUAAAAGUAUACAUGUAGCCUACACCCGUUCUGUGAUGCCUGCAGAGCAUGGUAGACGUGUACGAAUUACUUUGUCUGGCGGUGUUGGUGUCUUUUGUUUCAAAUCAGUUAUUUUUGAAAAACUUGGUGUCAAGUCUUCAAACUUGGUGUGAACAUUAGUCAUGGUCAGCAGAUGACCCCUAUUUGUUCUGGGGUCAAUAGGUCAAUGGCAAUGGUGAUCUUUACCAGAACAAGUAUGACAGGUGACACAUUCGAUGGCAGAAUUCCAGUCUGCUUUACGCUAUUCAUAUUUUGUCAAAGAUUUGUUAAGAAUAAUUACAAGAGUUAGUGAUACAAGAGUCAGUUACAAGUGGCAUAAUACAAGCUGUGGUAAUAAGGUGAACUUAAAAAUAAGUGUAUAAUUAUAUACAUGUGAUAGUGCUUGAUAUAUUUUAAUUUGUUGCAAUAAAACCAUAAUACUAAGAUUUGCUUUAACUAAGAGAAUAUGAAGCACACAUUGAUAAUACAGUUUACAGAUGUAUUAUGCACUUGUAUAAAACUUAUAAUAUAUUCAUAAGAUAUUUAAGAUCUUAAUUCCCUGUUCAUUUUGUUAUACUUUUACAUAAAAAGGUUAUAUCUUCUGUGUUUAAUAUUUCUUGUGUAUAAAGACUUGUCAUAUUUCUGUAGUUGAGUUGCCUACACUGUUUGCUUAACUUACAUUUUGCAAUAAAACUUUCAAUAACA